ACUUAAUCAAUACUUUUUACUAUAUAAACCCUAAACACACUUCCCUAAUUCCCACCACAAUCUCUCCAAUCAAAACCCAUCUAAUAAAAGUAAUUUAACUUUUAGAGUUCUCCUAAGAUGGCCACUUCAAAGGCAUUAGCAUCAACUUCCCUCCUCCUAUGCCUAAACCUAGUGUUCUUCACUUUAGUAAGCUCCAACUAUGUCCCUUGCCCUCCACCACCCAAAACACCAUCAGGCCACCAUGGCGGACACCAUGGCGGCCAUCAUGGUGGUGGCCAUCAUGGUGGUCACCAUGGUGGAAGCCCGUCGACACCCACAACACCGGUUGUACCACCAAGUGUAGGAAAGUGCCCAAUUGAUGCCCUAAAGUUGGGAGUGUGUGCUAAUGUGUUAGAUGACUUAAUCCAUCUAGUUAUAGGUACCCCACCUAAAACUCCAUGUUGCCCUCUAAUUGAAGGGUUAGUAGACCUAGAGGCUGCUAUUUGCCUUUGCACUGCCAUUAAGGCUAAUGUCUUAGGCAUUAAUCUUAAUGUUCCUCUGUCUUUGACCUUAUUACUUAACUACUGUGGCAAAGGGGUGCCCUCUGGCUUCCAGUGUCCUUAUUAAUUAAAGACAUCUUUUUAAAAGAAGUUUUAUUGAUUAUUUUGUAAUUUCUUUUUGGUGUAUGAGUGAAGAAUGUACGUAUGCUCACGGCUAAUUUACUGAUCUUUUUGAUUUGUUAUUUAAUGUAAUCAAUAUCAUUAUCUACUGAUUGAUGUAAUGUUUUCGCCAAAAGAAUUAAUUGAACUUCUUUUGAAUGUAUUGAUUUAUUUUAUUGGAGUUGAAUUUGGAGUUAAUAAUUAUCUAUGUAUCCAACAGUUAAUAACUUAAGUUG